AUGUCUCUUGGCCUUUCUCAUGAGCAAUAUUGUUUUCCUGACUCAAAUGCCUCAUGUGUUACAGCACAGUUCAGUAUGGGGACCAAAAUUGCCGUCUAUUUAUUAUUUGCUUUAGGCAUGCUCAUUACCAUUUUAGGGAACUCUGUUGUCAUUGUGUCAAUAGGUCAUUUCAAGCAGUUGCAUAAUCCUACCAAUGUGCUUAUUUUAUCUCUUGCUCUGGUUGAUCUACUAGUUGGUGUUAUUGUGAUGCCCUUCAGCGCCAUUCGGACCAUUCAUGGCUGCUGGUUCUAUGGGGAUGACUUCUGUCUGCUUCAUUCCUGUUUAGAUGUGUUUCUCACCACUCUGUCUAUAUUCCACCUAAUUAGCAUUGCUAUUGACAGACAACAAGCUAUAUGCAAUCCUCUGCAUUAUUCUAGGAAUAUCACAAUAUCAGUGGCCUGGAUUAUGGUAUGUGCCAGUUGGUCACUGGCUGCUGUCUACUCUUAUGGACUGCUUUACUCAAAGGCCAAUGUAGCAGGGAUAGAAGAUUAUAUGUCAUCAAUAAACUGCCUUGGCAGUUGUAACCUUGUCUUUAACCACCUUUGGGGACUACUGGACGGUGUUAUCUGCUUUUUCUUUCCUUGCACUGUGAUGGUUUGUCUCUACACUAAGAUAUUUAUUGUGGCUAAAGAUCAUGUAAGAAAGAUUGGAGAUAUGAGCAAAGGUUCAAAUAACAGAGGAAGAGGUGGGUUAAUUAAACAGUCUGAGCAUAAGGCUGCAAAGACUCUGGGUAUUGUUCUUGGUGCAUUCAUCUUUUGUUGGAUGCCCUUUUUUAUAAAUUCUAUAAUUGAUGCCUACACUGGCUUCAGUACACCUGCAUCCGUCUUUGAAGCAUUUGUUUGGUUGGGUUAUUUCAAUUCAACAUUAAACCCAAUUAUUUAUGCCUUAUUUUACCCCUGGUUUAAGAAAUGUUUUUAUAGUAUUGUCACUCUAAAAAUAUUUGCGACAAAUUCUUCCACCAUGAAUAUAUCUGUUAAAUGA